AUGGUCGUCCGAGCAUUGCGAAGUCUUGGCGUCGGCAAUGCGCGGGUUAACGACCGGCACGACAUUGUGGUCGAUGUCUCAGAGCCUGAACGGAGCGCUGCGCAGCAGACCUUCAAAAUCUCUGGUUCCGCGUACAAGCUCACGCGCCUACGCUCAUUGCAUCACGGUACGUGUCUUUUGUCAUCGCCAAAUCUGGCGAGCAUCGGCCGGCUACUGAAGUCACCGGCGGAACCUUACAUUAAGGCUCGUGGGGUGGAGAGUGUCCGCUCCAAGAUCCGUAACGUCAACGUCGGCAACGAGGAGUUCGAGGACGCCGUAGUGCAGGAGUUCCGAGGCAUGUACGGGGAAUUUGACGUGGCCACCAUCGUCGGAGAUGCGGCGUUAGACGAUGCCCUGGUAUCAAAGGGGUACAACGAGCUGAAGUACCAAAGUUUCAAGCUACAAUUACUGCUCGCCAUGGAGAGAUACAAGAAGUAUCGCUGUCAGGUCUACAUGAUAGCAAUGCACUGA